CGUCCCUAUAAAUUAUACCGUCCUUCAAUCUCCGUCAGACAUAUCCUAAUUGAUUUUUGUUGACAUCUACAUAGUGUCAUUCAAAUUAUUUUGACAAUGUCUUUCAAAUCGGAUAGAACCCACGUCUGAUUGAAUGAAUUUGCCCACGUUAUACGAAUAUUACACAUGUGGUGGCAUAACCAGCGGUCUAUCCGCAUCUAACUCCUACUUCACCUUAAACAACCGCAAUAUUUCAAUUUACUCGGGUGCAAUGCACUAUUUCCGUGUCCCGUCAGAAUACUGGCGUGAUAGAUUACGUAAAAUGCGUGCAACUGGUCUAAACGCAGUGGAAACCUACAUUCCCUGGAAUCUCCACGAACCCGAACCACGAGUCUACGACUUUGGUAACGGCACCAGCGAUUUCGGCAACAUGCUUAACUUGGAACAAUUUCUAAAAACAGCACAAGAAGAAGAUCUCUUUACGAUAAUCCGACCUGGACCUUAUAUUUGUGCUGAAUGGGAAUGGGGUGGGUUACCAAGUUGGCUUCUAAGAACAAACGGAAUACGCGUUAGGACCAGUGAUAAUAUUUUCAUAAAAUUUGUUGAAAGAUAUUUUCGCCUCUUACUUCACAUAUUAUCCGUACUACAGUUUACCAAAGGUGGAUCUAUAAUCGCGUUCCAAAUUGAGAACGAAUACGGAAGUCUAAGACGUAAAGAUCAAAAAUACCUGAAACAUCUCAAACGUAUACUCCGACGUCACAGAAUAGUAGAACUACUUUUUACAUCAGAUGGUCCUUCAGUAGGUACCACAGGCCAAAUGCCAAACAUUCUAUCCACUGGUAAUUUCCAAGCUGAACCACAACAAGAACUAGAGAUUAUGGCUGGCACUCAACCUGGUAAACCUCUAAUGGUGAUGGAAUACUGGGCCGGAUGGUUUGACCACUGGGGCGAGAGUCAUAAUCAAAUCAUAAACACAGACUAUUCUUACACAUUGGGAACCAUACUACGAUUUCCUGCAUCAGUAAACCUAUAUAUGUUUCAUGGUGGGACCAGUUUUGGGUUCAUGAAUGGUGCUAACUAUGCAAACAAAUACUGUGGGCAGGAAGGAUAUCAACCAGAUACAACAAGUUAUGAUUAUGAUGCUCCCUUGAGUGAAAACGGUGAUUAUACUGAUAAAUACUACAGUACUAAGAGAUUGAUCAACAGAUACAAUCAAUAUCGUACCAGAUUACCACUUAUGCCUGGUUUAUCCAAGAGAACAGCGUAUAAACUCAUUAAUAUUCAUAGUAUGCUUCCACUUGAAGAACUUCUUGGUAAAUUACCACAAAUAACUUGCCGGACUUUAAUGCCCAUGGAAUUAUUACCAAUUAACAAUGGCGCUGGUCAAAGCUAUGGUUAUAUUAUUUAUCGGAAAGUAAAUCUUUACAUUCCAGCAAAUUCUCUGCUUAGAAUCAUGGGAUAUGUAUCUGAUACUGUUGUUGUACUAAUCAAUGGGGUACUUAAGUCAAAAGUCCUUGAAUCAAUGAAAGAUUUAAACCACUUUGGUUAUUACCGACUUAACAACUCCUACCUCAUCAUUGAUUCUGAAUAUUUGAAUGCUACCUUGGAUUUAGUUGUAGAAAACGCAGGUCGGGUGAAUUACGGUUCUCUUAAACAACUUCACCAUCAAUAUAAAGGACUUUGGCAAGGGCCAGUCCUUCUAAAUUGUGAACCAAUAGAAGAUUGGUAUAUAUACCCUCUAGAGUUUAAGAAACAGUGGAAUUUGGAAUUAACAUCAAUGGCUAAAUGGAGUGAUUCGAAGUUUUUCCAAGGACCGGCUUUGUAUCGUGCCACCCUUAUUAUAAGUGGUAAACCAGUUGAUACUUAUGUUGAUAUGAGAAACUGGAUCAAAGGAAUCAUAAUCGUCAAUGGGUUUGUUUUGUCGCGGUAUUGUAAACUAGGACCCCAGCAAGCGGCCUAUCUGCCUGCGCCAUUUUUGAAAACAGGCGCAAAUGAUAUACUAGUGUUUGAACAUUUCGAAAAUGGCGACUUUAUACGGUUUGUAAAUCGUCCGUUGUUUGAAAAUAUUGAAAACAAGCAAGAAAUGUAUGCGAAAACACUUAAUAUUUAUCUUGAUGAUUGAGUAUAAGUAUUACAACUUAGAAUUUAAUAAAUAUUCACAACUUUGUUGCA